UGCAGGUGACGAAUGAGCUACAUGAGCUGGUAUCUACUUGGGAGGCCGCUGGAACCCAUGACAUUUCCUUCAACUGUGUGACUCCCUAGAGCUAUGACAGACACCAACAAGAUGACCAUCAAUUUGGCUGUCUUUGGCAGUACCCAGAGUGGGAAAAGUUCUGCUGGGAACGUUCUUUUGGGAAGUGCUGACUUCUACAGCACCUUUGCUCCAAGCUCCAUAACCAAAGACUGUAGCCUGGGCCGCAGUUGUCAUCUCCGCAGCUUCAUGCGUCGAGGGGGACAAGAGAUAAGCCUGCAGAUACAGGUAUUGGACACUCCAGGAUAUCCACACAGCAAGCUGAGCACAAGACAUGUAAAACAGAAAGUGAAGGAAGCCCUGGUGCAUCACUUUGGGCAAGAGGGUCUCCAUCUUGCUCUGUUGGUCCAGAGAGCUGACGUGCCUUUCUUCGGACAGGAAGCAUCUAACUCAGUCCAGUUGGUCCAGGAACUUCUGGGAGAUUCUUGGAAGAAUUACACUGCUGUUCUUUUUACCCAUGCCGAAGAAAUAGAAGAGGCUGGGCUCAGUGAAGAGGAAUAUUUGCAUGGGGUCUCUGACACACUGUUAACCCUGCUAAAUUCUGUUCAGCAGAGAUAUGUUUUCCUGUAUGGAAAAGAAAACCAGUGUAACAAACAAAGAAUUAAAAUCCUAGAAAGAAUCAUGGAAUUUAUAAAAGAAAAUCACUAUCAAGCUAUUAGUUUUUCAUAAAAUGUAAGUGAAAAAAAGAGUAUUAAUUAGCCCGAAAUCUAAUUUUAAAAUCUUUGUUCACAUGAAUAUGGGGGAUAAGAAUUCCCUGUACUGCCAUAUAGCCAUUUUGGAAAUUUUAAAUAAAAACUAAUAUGAAGGGUUCAAGAUUUCAUGAUUUCAGAAUUUUAUUCAUAAGUGUUUAUCCAACAAAAAGUGUACAUUUGUGCAUUAAGAAACAUGAAUAUACAAGAAUGUUCAAGGCGGUGCCAUUCAUAAUAGUUAAAACCUGAAAACAAUCCAAAUGUUCAUUAAUAGAGUGAUAUACAAAUUGUGGCAUAUAGCACAUUGAGAUAAACAGUAAUGAGAAUGAACAAACUCAAUUACCUGUAGGUCAUAAUCAACUGAUUAAUCACAAUGCCAAGAGAAAGAAGCCAGACAUGGGUGUGCCUUAAGACUCCACUUGUAUAAAGGUUAGAAACAGUCAAAACUAAGGCACCCCAACUGGGAUCAGGAGAGCAAAAGGAUGCUGUGGGGUAGUUCCAGAGAGAUUUGGAAGGGAUUUGCACAUCUUCAUAGGAUGUGCACUUUGCAGUGUGCAAGAAAAUAAAUUUUCUUGUAAUUUGUGAUCCCUGAAUUACAUUUGAAUACAAUUUUAAAUGAAAAGACUUCCUUCAAGUCCUUUUAAGGAAUUUACCUCACUGCUUACUUGAUGAAAGAGAUGGAAGAGCAUGUAACUGCCAUAGUUACUUCAACGAUUAAAUGAACUGGCAUGUGACACUCAGUUAGCAUUCCUUUCUGCUUUAGGGAGAUCCACUGAGCCCAUUUAGGUUUAUAAUUAUUAAGGGAAACUCAGAAAAAAAAAGCCAUUCAGCUAAUCCCUAUAACACUCAUCAGCGCUGACUAUAACUAGUCUUGACUAUGGAAGUAGUGCCUCUUGAGUCAUUAGUUUGUGUUGAUGUACGUACCGGAAUGAUUUGGCCACUUGAAACAGUUCUUCAGCAUGGUUUUAACGGAACAGUGAUAGUGAAAACAAAGCAAUUCUAGUUGUCAAGAACCAUGUCUAUAACCAAAGCAGAAUAAUAUCCCCUUCACACAUGGUCAUGUAUAAAUCUAAUUCAUAAAGUCUCCAUAAAGUUAAUUCAUGAUAUUUUUUCUUACUGUGAUACCCUGUAGUAAUUUCCACUAGAAACAGAAUUGUAACUGAUGGAUUUUCUCCAAAAGCAGUUCUCAAAAGGCUGCUUUCAUGUUCACUAUUAUCUGAACUCAGAUGAUAUUUAUUAAAUAAGUCAUCAACUUCCUACUUGUUAGAUAGACAGCUAAAGACAGACAGUGCCUGAGACUAUCUCAGUUCUCUGCCAUUAUUUUAUUUUAUUGCUGUCAACACCAGAAUGACAUAAUCAUAAUAGAUGCUUAAUUGAUAACUAACAUUUGUGCAUCUUUAUAUUGUAUUGUGGUAAUUCAAUGCAUGUUAUAUAGUGUGUAAUGAUCAAAUCAGGACAAUAAGCAUUUGCUUCCUUAAGUGUUUAGUCAUUUUACGUGUACUUCUCUAGUUAAUUUUAAAUACAUCAUACAUGAGCUAGGAAUAUAAUCUAAUAGUGUAGUGUUUACCUGACUUGCACAAGGCUCUAGGUCCAGUCCUAUCAAGGCAAAACCAAAACAACAAAAAUGAAACGAGGUUUGUGGGGAGAGGGGAUUGAUGGGUUGUGGAGAGGUGUGGGGUUAAAGUGGUGGUCUUGUAUUUCAGGUAUGUGUGGUACAGAGCAGCUUUAAUAGAGACCAAAAAAGAAAUGUGUCAUAAUUUACAACUUACAUUAUACUGUGCUAGAUGAGAGGCACCAGGAAUUUAUCCACCUCUGUGAUGUGCUAAGCCCCUUGAUACCUAGAAGUUCAAGGAUUAUUUUUUAGGAUUUCCUGAUAUUAUCAGAUUGAUUUUUCUAACACUUCCCUAAAGUUAUUUUGUAGACUGGGUAUGUUAAUGUCAAACAUUAGAGUUAUCAUCUAAUGUUAACAAAGGAGAUGAAUCAUCUCCUUUGUUAAACCACAUGAGGAUGUUUCUCCUCAUUUUGCCUUUAUUGCUUGUUUUAUGCUCCUGUUAUUUCUUACAUUCCCCUGUUUCUUCUAAUUUUCUUAAUUUGAAAAUGUACUAUUUAUCCUACUUUUGUUCUUAAUGUUUUGAAGUUCUACUGGAAUUAAUAUUCAUGAUGGGGAUCAGGUACAUGUUUUCUACUAAUGUUUAAUAACAAGGUAACAACAAUUUGUUUAACCACGAUAUCAUCCCUUCAAGUGAGGAACUAAGACCUAAGACGUGCAGACUGCCUUCAUCUCUCCCUUAUCCUUUUCUCUUUCUACCAUCCUCCCACAGAAGACAUCUUAAGAAUGUUUCUUACCCCAUAUAACUAGAUUCUGAGAGACAAUUAACUGAAAACUUCCUUUUGUGAACUAUUCCUUUUGUUUUAAGAGCCAUUUUAGAGCACUUAAACUGAACACCCCUCAUAGUUUAUCAAUUAUGUUUAAUUAUUUACGAGCAUGCACAAUAUUUAUUUCAUUAUGCGUUUUCAAAUAAAACUUGUUUUGUUUGACUUGAUGCCUCUCUUUUCCCCUCCACUCUUGACUCCUCAGUACUAGAAAUGCUAAGCUUUACCAUGAUUUCCCCUUUUCUUCAUCCCCCUCAAUAU